UGGCGAUUAGCUAAUGUUUUGCACAAUACCUUCUACUCACAAACAUGUUAAAGUUGUGCACAAUACCAAAAACAAAUGGAAGAUUGUUCUCCUCAGCGCUCUACUUAACCGGUGAUAAGGCACGGGAACAGUUUGCAGUGCUAGUGCCAUACCUCGACUUCAAGCACAAACUGGGUGAUUUUGAACGAUUGAAACGAAACGUCCGUCUCCGCAAGCAUCCACUAGAUUGCGACAAUCUCAUACACCAAUGGGAACUGUAUCGAGACGUGGAAAAGCGCAAGAAAGACAUAGAACAGUGCCGUGUAGACCUUCAGAAACGAAUCCAGCAGUCGAUAUGCAAAGAGGAACAGCAGCAGCUCAAAUCACGAGCCAUUCUAGCACGCGAUGAUUUAAAAAUGCUCAAAGAGCAAAGCUACAAAGUGGCCGACGCAUUUAUUGCCCAAAAUUUCCUCUCCAUCCCAAACGAUCUGCACGAACGCACUCCGGAAGAAGGGUUUAAAUGUUUGCAUGAAAAAUCAGCUCCUGCUGAGAUUAGACGAACUUCUAGCUGCAAUCAAAUUGAGGAACAAUUGGAAGAAUUUAGCCCAACAUGUUUAUAUAUGACGGGAGAUGCGGCCUGGAUGGAUCUACGCUUACCAAUGCUUUGUAGCGAAAUGUUUCGCCAAAAUAAUUGCAUCCUUUUCUGCAAUCCGGAUUUCGUGCGAAGUUUUCUGGUUGAGGCGGCCAUGGUGAGUAAGGAAACACUGUUUCUUGUACGGGAAGACAAUGAACCAGAGGACAAGGUGAAUCUACUGCAUCUUUGUGGCGGCGGAUCUUUGCUAAGCUUCUUGGGAUACUUUACCAAACUGUCGGUGUUUCCUUCUGCCCUGCCUUUACGGCUUGUCGCUAGCGGUAAGCGCUACCAUUUCCAACGUGCUCAAUCGAAUGAAGUGCACGUGUUUGGUGCAUGUAAAACGGCUCAGGAAGCGGAGAGUAUGUUUGACGACAUGCUGCAGAUUUAUAAACAAUUCUACGAUCAGCUACCCAUCGGUUAUCGGAUUGUACAGGUGGCGGCACCCGACCUUCGACCGAUCGAAGCGAUGCGCGCUGAUGUGGAAGUGUUUGAUGGCCGGAAUCAGAGAUACGUAAAGGUUGCCGAGCUAGGAUACUUUACGGAUUUUCUCAGCAAACGAAUAGCGUUUAUCUACCACGAGGGCAAGAUGCAACACUUUCCACACGUGGUAGCAGGCACCGCUUUGAGCACGGUCGAGUUGAUUAAGCUUUUCCUUAGCAACGGUAUAGCGCUGGAUGAUUUACCAAUGAUCAACACAUUCGAAGAGAAAUAAACUGCU